AUGAAGGAUGAAAUUAAUACAACAGAUGUGUUACAUGGAAAGGUAGAAGAAAUGAAUAUUGAAGUGGAAAGGAUGAGGAAAGUACUUCAAGCAAAAGAAGCUGUUUUAGAGGAUGUGCUUUGCAAUAUAAAUCAACUUCCAAAGCAUCCAAUGAAUACAGUUUUGAUUCAGAAUAUUUUAAAGUCAAAAGUGAAGCAGUUCGAAAAUUCUAAUUUAAUUGAUAUCAAAUGUUACAUUAUUUGGAGCGCGUUAUUCCUAGAGAAUAUUUGCAUCGCUAUUGAAGUGGAAAAUGAUACAAACCAUACUAUAUUACCUUCAUGUGCUGCUGUUUGCAACUAUGACUUAGCAGAUAUAACGACUGUCAUUUUUGAUGAUAUGUUAACAACUCAACAUAUUCCGCCUGAAAGUAAACGAACAUUAUUGGUUAGUUUUCGAAAAGGACUUUUGCUUGGCAAGCAAAUAAUACUGGUACUAGAUUGUGAUUUUGUGACAACAUCAGAUUCAUAUUCGGACUUAGCCAUAUUAUCCUUUUUUCCAUCAAGCAUUCAUAGCAAACAAACGCGAGUUGUAAAUGUUCUUAAAUUUGAUGAGCCAUUGGAAAAUUUUUCAUUGUCUGAAAUAGACGAUCUCUCUUUGAAAGAAGGGUUGAAAUUCUAUCAGUGUCUUUAUACUUGUCACUUCUCUAAAGUACUCAAUAUUACUCCGUCCUAUUUGCGCAUUAUUCUUCGUAACAUCGGGAAAUUUAGAGAAGUAGAUUUUGGUAAUUGGCAACUUUUCAUCGGUGAAACAGAUACGAUAUGGAAUAAUUUUGUAAUUUAUACAAAUUCAUUAUUUAUGGAAGACGUUUCGUCUCAGUGUCGACUUUUCUCGAAGUGA